AUGAAUACGCAGACUUUAGAUCUAGACGUCCUUCAACCGCAGCUCCAACCACAAGUUCAAGACCAACACCAGCAUACGCUACAAACACAGGUAGCAGAACAAACCCAGGAGAAACCGGCAAGAUUUCGAGGGUUCAUUGCCGGCAUUACUUCAGGUGUUACUAAACUAUGCGUUGGACAUCCAUUUGAUACUGUAAAAGUACGAUUACAAACAUCCGGUAACAAUGGUCGUUUUCACGGAGCGAUUCACUGUUUGAUGGCUACAAUACGAAAGGAGGGCUUUUUUGCACUAUAUAAAGGUGCAACACCUCCAUUAAUUGGAUGGAUGUUUAUGGACAGUAUAACGCUUGGAUCUCUUCAUAAUUUUCGGUUAUUUCUAAAGGGCAAUGAUCCAUCCGCGCAACUAAACCUCUUCCAACACGCAUUAGCUGGGUUUGGUUCUGGUAUGGUAGUGUCUUGUAUCGCUACGCCGGUGGAACACAUAAAGGCAAUUAUCAAUACGGCCGCAAGGUUGCAAAUUCAAUACGAUGCAACGACAAAAACGUAUACAGGUCCGAUCGACUGUGCUCAGAAAUUAAUACGCAAUAAUGGAGUGUUUGGGCUUUGGAAAGGAAUGGGAGGAACCCUACUUCACAGGUCAUGGUUCAGCGUAUUAUGGAGUUCAUAUGAACUUUACUCCUCAUACUUGCGCAAAACGGGUUUAAGUGAGCCAAUAAUCAAUGGUCUUGCUGGCGGGAUGGCAGCCAAUACAUUUUGGCUAUGCGCGUAUCCUUUUGACGUCGUGAAGAAUCGGAUCAUGACACAACCCGAUAUCAAGCCGCUUCAACACCCCAGCUGGAUUAAAUGCUUCAAACAUCUUUACAUUACAGAGGGUUUCUAUGGCUUUUAUCGAGGAUUCAUGCCAUGUUUACUGAGAUCGUUUCCCACAAAUGCGGCGGCUAUUGCCGUUUGGGAGGCAACAAUGAGGUCACUGAAAGCUAUUGGUUAUUAA